AUGCUCCACGAGUUAACCGAGAAGGACGACCCGUACACGGUCAUGUGCAAAUCACGUUCAAAGGGUGAAAGAGUGAUCCAGAUUCACCUGCAGCAAAACGCUUAA